AUGAAUCUACCAAAUUUCUAUAGCCAUUAUAGAAAAAUAGGCCAUGGUGUGCAUGAUUGUAAACUGAUAUGGAAAAAUAAGAAUCCUAAAGCUCCUGUGCAUAAAUGUGUUUCGAACACUGAGGUGAAGGCAAAUGCUAAUGAUGAAAAGGAAAAUGUGGCUCUAAUUGAUGUUGCAGGUCCUAUUUUAAGGGAUGUGGUGGAAGAUUACAAUGCUGCUAAAGAGGAAGAUAGAAUCAUUGAGAUUCCUGCAAAGGAAAACAUUGCUAUUGAUGAGACUCUUUUGGCUAAUAACUCCCAAAAUUUUGUUGAAUUUCCUCCUGAAGAUACAGGUUCCCCUGUUUUAAAUUUUGUCGAAGCUACUUAA